AUGGGCAACGAAGAGUCAGUUAUUACGGACGAGACUCCAGCCUCGACGCUGGACUCUCGCAACAUGGAGGCAGUCGCCAAAUACAUCAAGGAGAAUAAUGUCAAAAAAAUCGUUUUAAUGGUUGGGGCGGGAAUAAGUACCUCUGCAGGCAUUCCUGAUUUCCGUUCCCCAGAUACAGGACUCUAUGCCAAUCUAGAAUUUCUGGACUUGGAGGAACCUGAAGAUGUAUUUGACAUUGAGUUCUUCAGAGAGAACCCCAAGCCGUUCUAUGCUUUGGCGCGUGAGCUUUACCCAGGCCGCUACCGUCCUACCGUCGCCCAUGCUUUUAUCAAGCUUCUCCACGAUAAAAAAAUGCUACUGAAACAUUUCACGCAAAAUAUCGACUGCCUUGAGCGUCAGGCAGGUGUUCCAGGAGAAUAUAUAAUUGAGGCCCAUGGCAGUUUUGCCACACAGCGCUGCAUUGAUUGCAAAGAGACAUAUCCAGAUGCUGAUAUGCAUGAAGCAGUUGAGAAUGGAACUGUCCCGCACUGUCCUUACUGUGAUGGCCUAGUCAAGCCUGAUAUCGUGUUUUUCGGUGAGGCCUUGCCGGAUGAGUUCCAUGCGAAUAACUGGAUGCCGGCUCAGGCUGAUCUAUGCAUCGUCAUGGGAACUAGUCUGUCAGUUCAACCGUUCGCCAGUUUGCCUUCGAUUGUUCGCGAUGGAAUACCCCGAGUGCUUAUAAAUAUGGAACGUGUUGGAGGCUUGGGCUCACGAGCCGACGAUGUGCUUAUUUUGGGUGACUGCGAUUCCGGGGUCCGAAAGUUUGCACAGGCUAUGGGAUGGAAAGAGGAACUGGAGGCUAUUUGGGAGGCGAUCCCAGAUCCCAAGGCUAACAAGAAGGAGGAAAAGACUCUUCCUCCCAAGACCAGAGACGAGAAUUUUAAUGAGGAGAUGGAACGCUUAACGAAGGAUGUUGACCGUACUCUGGAAAUUUCCGAUGCUUAUGAGAAGCGAAUACGCGAGCGCCUCGAUUUGCAGACUUCGCAACGAUCUAGCUCCCCUAAUAGCUUCCCUGAGGACAAGGUCGCUGAGGUUGAGACCUCUAAUGAUAAAGUCCCCGAGGAGAAUCUCCCCGAGGACAAAAUUCUUGAUGAUGGACACCUCCAUGAAGAUAUCCAGAGAUGA